AUCCGGUCCGGCUGCCAAAUCCGUCCGUCACCAACGCGUCUCGUGUAAAAGACUCGUUUGAAUGUUGCGUGCACGCUUGAUAGCACUUCAUUUAACAAAAAUCGCAUCUCACGUGGACUUUGGCAAAACGGCGAGUGUUUUACAGCCUUUGAGUUCACAAGCUCACUCCCGCUGUCUACUCUCUGUGGACGUUACUCGCACAGCACCGCGACACAUGUCAAGUCACCCGAAGAGAGUCUGCACUGAAAACAUGAGCGCCAUAAAGAUCGGAACGCACAACGGCACCUUUCACUGCGAUGAAGUUCUCGCCUGCUUCUUCCUCCAGCAGCUACCUGAGUACAAGGAUGCCAAGAUCAUUCGGACCAGGGACCCGACAAAGCUGGCAGAGUGCGACAUCCUUGUAGACGUUGGAGGAGAGUUUGACCCAAAGAGGCAUCGCUAUGACCACCACCAGAGGACCUUUGCGGAGACCUUCCACAGUCUGUGUCCAGAGAAGCCAUGGGUGACCAAGCUCAGCUCUGCAGGCCUGGUCUACCUCCACUUUGGUCGUCAGCUGCUGGUCCAGCUGACGCAGCUGAAGGAGGGCGACAGGCAGCUGGAGGGGCUCUUUGACAAGCUGUAUGAGAACUUUGUGGAGGAAGUCGAUGCUGUAGACAACGGCAUUUCACAGUGUGACGGAGAGGCCCGCUAUUCUGUCUCCACCACUCUGAGCACACGUGUCGGCCACCUGAACCCACGCUGGAACAGCAAGAGUCAGGACACUGAGGAGGGUUUCAGAAAGGCUAUGAAGAUUGUUGGGGAGGAGUUCCUGGACCGUCUGGAGUACUACCAGUCUGCCUGGCUGCCGGCUCGUGCGGUGGUGGAGGAGGCCGUGAAGGGAAGGCAUCAGGUGGAUCCCAGUGGGGAGCUGGUGUUGUUCUCCCAGGGCGGGUGUCCCUGGAAGGAGCAUCUGUUUUCCUUGGAGAAGGAGCUCAAGGUGGAGUCGCCCAUCAAGUUUGUCCUUUACCCCGACCAGAAUGGACAGUGGAGGGUCCAGUGUGUCCCCGCUGGGCUCAACACCUUCCAGAACAGGCUGUCCUUGCUAGAAGAGUGGCGUGGUGUUCGCGAUGAAGCGCUGUCUGAGCUCAGCGGGAUCAAGGGCUGCAUCUUCGUCCAUGCUGGAGGCUUUAUUGGUGGGAACAAGAACCAGGAAGGAGCCCUGGAGAUGGCCCGGAGGACCCUGCAGGCCGCCGCCCAGUCCCCUGCGAACGGAAGCAGCUGAAGGUUCAGAGAGGAUAGCCGACAGCACAUUUUGUUCUUUGGGUCAGUCUUUAGAGAGGAUUAAAACGUUAAUUUGCUAUCUCGCAGCUUGUUUGUCCCAGCUUUUCAGGGCUAAUGUUGUUUUGUUGCCAGGACAGGGAUGGUAUGGAAAUGGCAGCCAAAUAACCUUGGACCACUUCCCAAAAUACCUACAGUAUAUUCCAACACAGGCUUUCUCUGAAUCAUAAUAUUGACUCAUAUUUUUCCUUUUUCCCUGUUCUUAUGAAUGUGGGAAUGUUUUGUUGUUUUUUUUGCAAUAAAGGACUAUUUGGAUUACA